AUGCCUGUUCUGCCGAUACAUCAGUGGCAGGAAGAUGUCGAGGACCUCGACCGUUAUCGCCCCGGUGGCUACCACCCAGCUCACAUUGGUGACAGAUUCCUCGAUGGGUGCUACGAGAUCAUCCAUAAGCUUGGUUAUGGCAGCUGGUCGACUAUUUGGCUUGCCAGGGAUAACCAGGAACGACGAUACGUUUCUGUCAAGAUUGUGGCUGCUGAGGCCUCUAAAACCAGUUUUGAAGGCAGGAUCCUACGCGCGUUGAACUCAGAGCCAGCAGAACAUCCAGGGCAGAAAUUUGUGCCACGCUUGUUGGAUAAAUUCACCAUUGAUGGUGUGAAUGGUCGCCAUGGUUGUAUUGUGACUGAAGUCUAUGGGUGCCGUGUUGCAGAGUCAAAGGAAGCUGGUAUAUCUCAGAUGUUUCCACUCGUCGAGGCCAGGGCAAUUGCCGUACAGAUUCGGGAAGGAUUGGACUAUAUCCACUCUUGUGGUGUGGUGCAUGGUGGCCUACUCUCUCCAAAAUAUCUCUUCCAUGAGCAGCUCGGCCCCGCAAUUUAUGUGUGGACUCUCGGGUGCAGCCUCUACGAACUCCUUGGUGAACGCCCACUUUUCGAAGUUUUCAACGCAGACCAAGACCAUGCAAUUGCAGAGAUGAUCAGCACCCUCGGGCCUCUCCCUCAGCGCUGGUGGGAACAAUGGCACAAAAAGACGGAUUUCUUCCUCGAAGACGGAUCAUGGAAACAAGACAUGCAUCGUGCACAUGCGCCAUAUGAUCGGCCGUUGCGUGAGCGACUAGUCCGCAUGGGAAGAAUGCUUAACGAUAGCAAUCAACCACGCGAUCUCGGCGCUGAGGAGCUGCAGCAGAUCCAUCGGUUGUUGCUCGAUAUGCUGACGUAUGAACCUUCGAAGCGGAUUACUUCAUCUGAUAUGCUUCAGUCGGCAUGGAUGGUGAAUUGGGCCUACCCAAGCUUCCGAGCCACACAGGCGGGUUCCUGUACCUAUAUAGUCGUUCUUUCAUUCUUCAAAACAUGCUUUGUCAUUUCUAUGUUUAGCACGAUGUUACUGGUGUUAAAUGGUGCUUUUACUGUCUUCACUUUUCAGUCCCAAUAGCAAGCUACUCUGAGUGACGAAGCAGCAGCAG